AUGACUGACAGAUUUAGCACUCUGAAAACCAGGCUGGUUCAUCAGAACAAGACAUUUGAGCAGGAACAUGAUCUCAAAGACAAGGUGAAGCUUUACCCUCCUGCCAACCUCUCAUUGGUGAUGAGCGAAGCCCCAGAGCUGAAUCUGUCCUGGAACCAUAGCAGGAUACACCACUGCUUUGAGAGUGAAGUGCGCUAUAGAAUAAACAACGACAAGUGGCAGAGUACUUCUCCAAGGCGGGAACAGACUUAUACUGUGCCUUUCCCCUCAAAAAGUCGGUAUGAGUUUCAAGUCAGGACAAGGAUACACGAUGGCUGUGGUGAGUCCAAGUUCUGGAGUGAAUGGAGUCAGAUCAUCUUCUGGGAUUCCAUGAAGGGAAAUAACACUACAGGAGGACAUGAUGUCUUGGCCCACACCUGAGGAGUACCUGG